AUGAAGGUUGGCCGUGUAUUAGAAAGAUUGAAGUUAGAAGACGCGAAGAAGCGGUUGGACAGACUGGACGACCUGAGGAGUGGAAAGGCACAGCCUAAUUGGAAUGGCGAGCUGGCGAACUUGGAGAGGAAGGAAAAGGAUUUAGAAGACGGAAAGACAAAGUGGAGCGAGCAAGACCAUAGAGUAGUGUCUAUUACUAUGGCAAAAUUACUUCCUCCUCCUUUUCUCCAACAAGCUACAGCAACUAAUUACGGUAGUCUUGAGCAAUCAUUUAAUGAUAUUUGGUGUUAA